GGGCGCGGUACGGUACGAGGGAUGAUGCAUACAAGCCGAAAGGGAACCGGAGGGAAGAGGGGCGCUUAAAGGUGCCAGGGGUCAUGAGUGUUCUCGGCCUCUGCUCGUCGCCCUCGCUCGUUCGCACCCUUGCUCUUUCAUAUCGUUGCCUCACUCGACCCUCAUUCGACCUCCUUCACAUCGUUACCUCACUCGAUCUUCUUCACAGUCAUCCCCGCCAUCGACAUGAUCGGCAGCGGCCUUCAAGCCCGAAUCUGCGACGUCAUCUCCGGCCGGGCGCUCCCCGAGUCGCCCUCACCGGGUGAUAGCAGCAAAGCCCCCGCCGCUCUUCAACGCCUUUGCGAUGACAGCGUUCCACUCCAUCUGCUACGCCGAGGGUCCGUCCACCCGAACACGGCUACGGGACUGAUCCUCUUCUUCCGCACCUUUACCCCCGGUGUGACGGGCGUCGCUCAACCAGCGUUACCGCAGGUGGCCGAAGAGCCCAGCAGUACCAGCAUAGCCGACAUGGCAAACAGCAAAGAGCUCUGGAUUCGCUUUGCGCUCAAUGGAAGGAUGCGCUCGCUGACUGCUGAUGCUGCGUCCACGGGUUUGCUUCCCGUCUGGACUAUUGCUGAGGAUGACGAAGCCGAGGUCGGCCACGAUGACGAGAAAUCACCCACGGUGCGACAGGCAACAAAAGUCCCUCACGAUCUGGGCCGUAUCAAUCUUCCGGCGGCGGAGGACAUCGAGUCCGUAACGAUUGCGCUGUGGUAUGUCAUGGAGGGAUUGGGAUUCCCUGACCCACGCCAAAUCCCGCCUACAGCGGCUUUCCACUUUGACUUUGCCAAGGACGGUGUCGCUCCGACCCAAGUGUCACCUCAGCAGGACCUGGCCCUCAACGACAAGCAAGCAAAACCCAGCGCAAAUUUUGUGACCGCAGCAAAGUCCCUCGCUCGCCGCUACACUGUCAGCAGUAGUGAUGGCGGCGCCGCUGGGCAUUUGCCACCUGACUCCCCCAGCGAUCUUCAUGGGCCGAUCACGAAGACGAGCGCCUUCAAGGUCUGGCAAAGCAGGGAGGCCGCUGCUGAGAGUGCUGCUACGCAAGAAGGGAAGAAGGGACUUGCGUCCCGACUCAGGAGAAUCAUCAAGAGCAAGGAGAGCGACAAGGAGGAGGAUAUGCCGCAGGUUCCCAGGAAGGAAGCUACGCUACGCGGUCGCUUCAAGAAGCUCAUUGGCAACAACAAUAGCGGCGGUAGCGACGGCGAAGCUUUUCCCGAUACAGCAUCGCCGAUUCCCGCGAAGCACGAAAGCCACGGCUUCACACCGGCCCCGCAGGACAGUCUGCCGCUUUCGCAGCAUUUUGACACGCCACAGCUGCCCAAUGCGAUCCCCCUGGGCGAGGCGGAGAAUGCGGUCACGCACGGCGAGGAUGCACAGCGAACCACAACGCCGCGCCCGAAUGCUGGUCGAAUCCAGCUCUCUCCUCCUCCCGCGCACGCCACAGCCCACACACCCUCGUUGGGUCAAGCCAUUGCCGGCGCUGAUGUCGUCUCGUCCACGGCGACACCACAGCGCGAGAAGUCCAUUCGUCGCAAGCCCUCGCCCCCUCGUCUGUCCUCGCCAAAGCAGGAUGACGCCGAGUCCGCAAUCGCACGAGCCUCUCAUGACUCUCACGUCACCGCUCCAGAGGACGUCGCUCAACUCACGCCAACACUCGCUCAGCCUCGCCCCAUCUCUGCAGACCCUGCUUUCCCGCCUGCUCGUCAAGGAUCGCUCCCUCUGCAGCAGCAGCAACAGCAGCAGGCCAAGCAACAACGUCGCGCCUCCAUCACCCUCGAUUCCCGUGACGGUGCUCCCAAUGCAUUUCCCCACUCUGGCAGCAGUGUCCUCGACCCUCACCCCCCGCUCAAUCGCGGAACGACAAGUCCAAGUAGCACAGACUCUGCCUCCGACUCGGCAAGAGUCCUCGCCUCCCUCAGCACGAUCAAAACACUGCGCACUCGUCACGCCGAUCUCGACGCAGAGCGUCGCGACCUCGAGUCUGCUAUUCGGCUAGACUUGCUCGAGCAGCUCGAUAGGGAACGCAGCGCUUGGAUGGAGAAGGUCAAGGCGAAGGAGGACGAGGUUCGAGAGUUGAGGGCCUUCCUUGCAAAGAGGGACGGAGGCGAAGCAAGCGAGGGAGCGGACGGUCAGGAUCAAGUCGACGAUGAGAGGCAUGUGCGAGAGAAGAAGAGCGCGGGUGCGGUGAGUGAGUAUGCCGAUGCACAGGAUGGGCAUGUCAAGUGGGCUUUGCCGGAUGGUGGCGCUGAGAUGGAUGGCGCGGCGAGGCCCAACGCGUAGGUUUACGGCGGAAUCAGGUGAUGCUCCUCUUCUCAGCUUCCCAUUGUCACCAUAGAAUCGUCGACGUGUCACCUCCUUUCUUCUUAUUUCCUUCUCUCCCGAGUCUCAGUGCUCCUUGUUGA